GAUCAUAAAAUUCCUAAAUCUCCCUCUCCCUCUAUAUAUAGACUUAAAACUAUAGAUUAAGACAUAAAGCCACAACAUGGGAACACUUGUGGGACAUGUUGCACCGGGUUUUGCCUUCUUUGCACUUGGUCUAUGGCACUUAUUUAACAACAUAAAACUAUUUUGUCUCAACCCAAACACCUUUACUUCAUCACCAUGGUUUCCAACUUCCAAGCUUAGACAUUUAGAGCUCUACAUAAUCAUGGUUUGUUCGUCAAUCUCCAUAGCCUCAGAGCUCUUCAUUGGACCCAAGAAACAUCAACCCUUUGACUCUGAUGGUACCAUCCCUUCAAACCACCUCCACAACUUUGAACACUCCUCUAUCUCCAUGUCAUUCUUAGUCUACGCGAUUUUCGCAGUAGUUCUUGAUCAAGAAAGGCGUAGAUCAAAUAUUUCGCAUGGACUGACUAUGCUCGUUGCAUCUUCUGCCUUUGCUCAACAGCUCUUCCUUUUCCAUCUUCACUCUGCCGACCACAUGGGCAUUGAGGGACAAUACCAUAAGCUCCUCCAGCUCAUUAUCUUCGUUUCUUUCCUCACCACUCUAAUCGGUAUCACUUUGCCUAAAAGUUUCUUGGUAAGCUUUGUGAGGUCAUCAAGCAUAACUUUCCAAGGAGUGUGGUUCGUAGUGAUGGGUUACAUGCUUUGGACACCUAGCUUGAUUCCCAAGGGAUGUUUUCUUCACGAAGAAGAAGGACACCAAGUGAUUAAAUGUUCCAGCGAUAAAGCUAUACACAGGGCCAAGUCGCUAGUCAACAUCGAGUUUAGUUGGUUCUUUGUUGGAAUCACAAUUUUUGUAAUGUCGCUAUUCUUGAUCCUAAGUGGGCUUUACGGUGAAAAUGCCGAGUACUCAAUUCUAGUCACUAAAGACAAAGGUGAAGAAAGUGGUGAAGAGAAACAAGACAUAGAGUCGCUAAAGAAAAGUAAACCAAGUUUUGGCUGAACUCCUUGGAAGUCGUCAAGAUGUGGAAAGGUAAGAAAUUAUUCGGUUAUGUUCUUAAAUUUGACAUUGCAACUUGUACAAAAAAAUAUAAAAUCGAGUAGAAUAAAAAAUGUUUGAUUGUAUAAUAUAAACUUAAUAAUGAGAAGAACAUGCGUCUACAAAUGUAUUCUUUAUACUUUAACAAUUGUUAAGUCAAAGUAUUUUCUUACAAUUUCAAAUUACGAAUAACAAAACAA